CGGUUGUCGAGAUCAAUCAAAAAGUGUUCAGCAUUCGAGCAAGAACAACCUCUACUAGCUCAACUAGCUCUGUACGAUCGUUGAGGAUCCGUGAAAGUAAAAGUGCAAAGUGCUCAUCAUGAAGUGUGUAACGCUCAUCUGUGCCGUAGUCGUGGUCCUGGCGGCUCUGCUGAACAACAGCGUCCAGGCGAUGCCCGAGGAGCAAAGCGCCGCCUUGAACACACUCCUGGAUGAACUGCCCGAAGAGACGCACCAGGCUGCGGUGGAGAACUAUCGGGCCAAGCGGGCCACUUGCGAUCUGGCCAGUGGAUUCGGUGUCGGCAGCAGCCUUUGUGCCGCGCAUUGCAUCGCUCGUCGCUAUCGUGGCGGAUACUGCAACAGCCAGCAAGUUUGCGUUUGCCGUAACUAGGGCUGCGAGAUUCCUGCCCAAUCCGGUUCCAUGUUCCUUCCCCAAGAAGAAGAGAGUUGUACCACCGCGCAUAGUCACCGAAAAUUUCCAUACUAAUUAAAGCUUUAAAGUUGGAUGUAAAAGCCUCUUCUCCACACAGACAUGUACCAUGGAAAAAAAUAAAUGCUUUUCGUUCUGUACAAGGACAGCAUAACACAA